GACAAAAGCAUCUGAGUAAGUCCAGCAGAUCAACUCAGGGUCUUAUAAAGAGACAAAACCGAAAGGCAGAGGCCAAAAAUAUGGAAGGUAUUGCAGCAGCAACCCAAGUUUUCUGGUCUUUGAUUCUAAUCGGAGUAUGUCUUCUCUUCAAGAAACUGUGGGAUGCGAUGUGGCUGAAACCUCGCAGGAUUCGUUUAACCCUCAGCAGACAAGGAAUCCGAGGCCCAAAACCUUCUUUCUUAUAUGGGAACAUUCAAGAAAUGCAAAAUAUCCAGUCAAUGCUUAUCAAAGAUCAAGCUUCUGAGUUCCAUUCUCAGCCUGCUGUGUCUCACAACUCUUGGGUUACAUCCAUCUUCCCCUACCUCCACCUCUGGGCUCAACAAUAUGGGUCAAUAUUCAUGUACGCUACUGGGAACAAGCAACAUCUGUACAUAGGUCAACCAGAGUUGCUCAAGGAAUUGAAUCUGCACAAAUCCUUGGAUUUGGGCAAGCCAACUUAUCUCUCCAAGACCAUGGAGCCCAUGCUGGGUGAUGGCAUCAUAAAGGCUAAUGGAUCUCACUGGGCCUAUCAGAGGAAGCUUAUGGCCCCUGAAUUCUUCCUCCACAAGGCUAAGUAUAUGUUGGGGCUAAUGGAGGAAUCUACUAUAGACAUGAUAAGGACAUGGCAAAGCCAAGUUGAUAACAAUGGAGGAGUUGCAGAUAUAACUGUUGAUAAGGAUUUGAAGUGUGUGUCUGCAGAUAUUAUCUCUAAAGCUUGUUUUGGCAACUCUUACUCACAAGGCAAACAAAUCUUUGCAAAAAUGGAUGCUCUUCAAGGAGCUAUGUCUAAACCAAGUCUACUUUUUGGACUCGCAAACUUCAGAUUUCUCCCCACGAAGAGCAAUAGGGAAAUAUGGAUGUUACAGAAAGAGGUAGAAACACUGAUAUUAGAAGUAGUGAACGCUCGCAGAGAAGAAUUACAAAGCUCUAGCAAAUCCAAGAAGGACUUGCUAGAAGCUUUACUAGAAAGUUCUACCAAUAGCGAAGACUUCAUCAAUCCUCGUAGUACAGAUCGUUUCAUAGUGGACAACUGCAAAAACAUCUACUUUGCAGGCCAUGAGACCACUGCUCUUACGGCCUCGUGGACCUUGAUGCUUCUUGCAUUAUACCCCGAGUGGCAACAACGCGUUCGAGCUGAGAUCUUCGACAUCUGUGGUGGUAAAGUCGAAGACAGCUUCCAAGAUUUGGACAAACUUCGUCAGUUAAAAUCGCUAACAAUGGUGAUCCACGAAACUCUGAGACUCUAUGGUCCAGCUGUAAUAACAUCAAGGGAAGCUUUUGCUGACAUGAAGGUGGGAGAUUUAACUGUGCCAAAAGGCACCAACAUUUGGAUACCAGUCACGACACUGCAUCGAGAUCCUGAUAACUGGGGUCCUGAUGUUGGUGAAUUCAAGCCAGAGAGAUUUGCAAGAGGCAUAGCUGAAGCUUGCAAGUAUCCGCAGUCAUAUAUUCCAUUUGGUUUCGGGAGCCGUUUAUGCAUUGGGCAGACAUUUGCCAUGCUAGAACUGAAAAUACUUGUAUCCUUAAUGCUAUCAAACUUUUGUUUCUCAAUGUCUCCAGAGUAUCGCCAUUCCCCUGUCUUUAAGAUGCUGCUAGUGCCUCAACAUGGCAUCAGACUCAUGGCAAGGAGAUUGCAAAGGGAGGAUGUGGUGGCCCAGAAAUAAGCCUAAUCAUUGUUUAUGUACUUAAUUAUUAUCUAUUAAUAAUGACUUUCUCAAAGACAUUACCAAAACGAGCAAAGUGAUAAUUUUUUUUUUAAUAUAUGUUAGUAUUAUUAAAAAGGUUA